AAGCGAGAGGAGGAGGUUGUCGGAAUAAACUGCUCUGGGGAGUCAGUCGGUACCGUGUGGCCGUCUGUUUGUGGACAGUGUAUUUACAAGACUAGGAUUUGUUUUACGUGAGGAUUUCACAUCGUUUUUACGUGGCCGUGUUUUGUUUACGCUCGCUCGUCGCUUUACGGACCGUGUUUUUCGGUCAGUAACGCUCGGUAUCAUCAGUUGGUCGGUGUUGACACUGUGACAGUGAAACUAACGGGUCGGUGGUACAGUAGCUUAGGGAUAUUUUUAACGUCACACUGGAUAUACUGAAUUGGAAAAGCGAAACAUUCCCCAACGUUUGCAUGUUUAUUUUCCAGUCUGCUCGUCUUAAUUGUCCAUUACUCCACGUAGUUGACUUGGUACAGAAUAGACCUUAUAUUUUACACUAAGCUUACAUAGCUUUACAUUGAAGUUGUUUAUUUACUAUAGGCUAUGGACUGACAAUAACACGAUCAGUGCAAAGAGUGUUUUAACUGAAAGUGAAAGGCUUAUAGUACUUCUACUUUACAACAUGUUGUCAUUUACAAUACAACGAACAAGUGGACUCCUUGCUGACCUACCGUCGAGGCUACAAACAUGCUUUUAGCAGCAUAAUUCAGUUGUGUGUGAUUUGAUGCUUCUCCAUGCCUCUGUUGGCAUCUAAUGGAAGAAAACGCACCGAUCAGGUCCACCAUGGUAUCCAGAUUGCCUAAAUUUGGUGGACGCUCCUCGACUGGUGGCGCUAGUCCCUUAUCCAAUGGUUCCACCCAGCCUACCACCCCAACCCAGGAUGGCAAGACUACUCCCCCAGGAACACGCCCAAAUGGUGUGAUCAGAGCCUCUUCUUUUUCACUGAAAUGGAAGAGAGAUGAGGGGGCGACAAUACCCAGCCCCACCAUCCCCACCAGCCCUGAGGAUGGAGGUGAAGACAAGGCUCAGGCACAGCUUCCCUCAUUAGUGAAAGAGGUAAAGAACGGCUCUCCAGGGACGCCCAAGAUGCGGAGGUCAGGUGCUUUAAUGGUUGCUGUCUCCAGCCCCAAGGCGAUCCCCAAGCAAACCAUGAAGAUGAGUCCUAAAGUAGGGACGAAGCUAGGACAAAGCCCAUUGAAUGGAGGUCCAAAAAUGUGCCAUAAUGGCUCCAGCAUUCCUGCUCGAACAGGGUCAGAUUCCCGCCUUGUCCGGCCAAGGUUGAGCUCCAGCUCUCCCAGAAGCAGCUCUCAAGACAGCCUGUCCCAGUCCAGUGACAGCCUGAAGACUUUGGCACUGGACAACAUGGUGCGUUCGAACAGCUUCACUCACUUUAAGCAGAUUCCCUCGCCUACAAGCCAGCCAAUGACACGAUCCUUCUCCUUUAACAGAGCUGUUGAGCUAGCCAAGCCUCUGGCCAACACUCAGCUCCGGCCUCCACGGAAUACUUUCCUCAAACCCCCUCAGCUGAGCAAUGGAAGAGUAGGUUUAGGACCCGGAGGCCUGAAUGGAAGCCUGGGAGGUUCAGGUGGAGGACUUGGAGGACUUCAGUACAGCAGAACUCCUCUAGCUGCCUCCUCUCUGCCUACCCUCUCAAACCCUCCAGUGCCCACUACUCCCAAUGCUCUGCGGAAGCCUCUGCUCCCCAAUUGUGUGUUGACCAAGUCAUUGGGCAGCAGUGGGGGAUCUUUGGCCUAUAGGCUAGCUCGAUCUGGGCAGGCCAAGCAGCAAAAGCCUCUUUUUCCAGGAAGGGUCAAAGGGGAUAUCAGACCUUCAACUGCCCCUGAGUGUGGAGAGCUAUCAGGGAUAGCUAUAGACAUUGAGCUGACUGGUGACACUCAAAAAGCAGACUCUCACAGUGACAGUGAUGGAAGCUUUGGAGAUGGAGGAGGAAAAAGAGGAGGAAGUGGUAUGCUCAGGCUGAGCUCUGGCCAGCCAGCAGGUGAAACGCUGGAGGACAUGUCCUUAUCUUCUGCCUCAUCUCUAGACCGAGGUGACACCAGUGAAGAGUUCCUAGAUGACUUUGACAGUGUGGGAGAUGUGCACAGUGAUGGGGACAUGCCUGACAACAGGAAAACUGGCGGCACUACCCAAGCCCGCCUACACAGCUUUCUCAAUGAGAUCAUUGACUGGGAUGCUUUAGAUCUGGCAGGACAUAAAGAAGAAAGUCCCAUGCAGGAUUCCCAGGGACCACUGGCAUUGUCUCCAGAGCAGAGUGAUGUCCCCCAGGCUUCAUCUGUGGAGCUGUCACCCUCCAACAGCUCUGGUGGAACGUAUAUGUGGGAUGAGGAGGGUCUUGAGCCCCUUGGGGGCCCAGGGACUCAUCCAUUAGACAGCUAUGAUGAUUCAGAGCUCAACAGCAUGGAUAUCCUGAACAACCUGGACCCUCGGGGAACUGGAGAGCUGGAUGAUGAUGACCUCAUGCUAGAUGUGGACCUCCCAGAGGAUGGCUUGCAUGACGUUGACAGGAUGUCCCACAUUGAGCGCUCAGAGAGGGCCGGUCGGCAGGGCCAGCGGCGUAAACAUCACCGCUUGAGCGGACCGGAUCACUUCCACAGUGAUAGCAGGGCCCACGUCUUCCAGCACUAUGAUGGACUCAAGUCUUCAAGGUUCCCUCAGCGGCCCGUCCCCUCUGAAGGCAGGCAGCAUGGCUACAUGGCGAUGCUGGAUGAACUCACGCUUGAACACAUGACUCAAGACUGCAGCUCACUGAAAAACCAGCUGCUCAGACUCAAAACAUUACUACAGCUCGAGGAUACAGAUUCUCCAGCAGAUGUUCCCGAGGAGAUUGAAGACAAUACCACUGCAUCACAGUUGGAAGAGCUGAUUAAGGAAGUGCAGGUGCUCAGAGAGGAGCUGAGGAGUCGAGACAAGACCAUUGCUCAGCUCACGUUGCAGUGUCAACAGCUACAACAACAACAUCAGCGGGAACAAAUGCCUGCUCAAGGACGUCAGGUCAGGUGUCAGUGCCACCACCAGAGGGCUCCCUCUUCACUACGACAGAGCGACAGACAGAUGGACAAACGUAUGCAUCACCAUUAUGACAAGGCCACCCAGACUUACUGGAGACCACCCAGCCAUGCUUCUCAAAUACUACAGCCUUUCAACCCCUGCCUCAACGAGCACCUCCACCCGGGAAGAAUAGUAAAAACUCCCCCCACCGAGGGCCACAGUGACCUCACAAGGAGUGGAUUGGAAGAAGGAACCCAUGUAGAUGCUGACCGACCUCUUCAAGGCCUUAUGGCAGAUGUGUCUGGCCCAGCAGAUCCCGACAAGCUGAGUCAUUUCCUCAGCACCCACCUGCACUGCCCGGCCUAUGGGGCUCCGCAGGGGGUAACUGCCAGAGACGUUCCACCAUCAGCAGCUCAGUCUGCAUCGCAGCGUGAGUGGAGAGCCCCCGCCGUGAUGUUGCAGAGCCCUGUCACUCCCAGAUCUGCUGAUUUGACUUGCCCUCGCAUGCUGCAGCCUCCUCGCCUUCACAAGCGUGUGUCUCUCCCUGCACUCAAGUCGGGGGGCACUGGUGGCUUUGCCUCUCUGAAGCCGGGGUCUUCCUUAGGGCCUCUGGCUAACCGGACCAAGCAGCUGCCCCCUCCGUCUAGAGGCCUUCCCUGCUUUAACGCCGGACCCCAGGUGCAGUCUCCAGGACCACGUCGCACUUCACUGCUUCAGCCUCGCAGAGCAUCAGACGCUUGCAGGGAUUCGCGGCGCACCAGCUCCAGCCUGGAGGAGCCUGAUCAAGAGACGCUCAAAGACCCUGGGCCAGCCAAGAUCCUGAUCCCUUUGAAUCGCUCAUGUCUCCCCAAGCCAAAGAUUCCCUGAGGAGCCUCAAUCCACCCAUCAAAACCUAAAACUGGAAUCACUCUGACAUUGAUAUUCAUCCCCUUCUCUCCCCUAGCCAUUUAACAGUGUGGUUGUUAUACCUUCUGAGUGUCAAAGGAACAUACACUGAGUUUAACACACUUAACCCAUAUGGACCAUUCAGGGACUGCCUGUGUCAGUGACAUUGGUAUGGUGACUGCUGUACAGUAUCGUUUCCAAAUUAGCUUCCACAACUCCAGCCUGACUGACUGAUUGAAGUAAAGUAUGUAGCAGGAUCUUCACAACAAUCCAAAGUAGUAUAUGACAGUUUUCAGAUUGAGGGGAAUUUAUGGAAGAAGAAAUAUCCAGUGUACUACAUUUGCACAUGCUCAUGAAUGCUGCUGAUGCUGAUGAAAAAAAAGUAUUGCCAUUCAGAGAAGUCAGCCUUUUGUUUUCUUUUGUAAUACCCGCCAGCUAUUACCACAUCUUAAAGUCUAAGUUCACUUGUCCUCACGCGGCUGUGCCCUCUGACACACAGGUGCGUUUGGUUUUAAACAUUUAGGUGACAUGAACGCAACCUUUGCUGUGUAAUAGAAAGCCCGGAGGAAGACAGAGGAAAAAAACAAGAAGUGAGAAAGAAAGAAAGAAAGAAAGAAAAAAAAGAAUGAAAUAACAGAAGUGAAAUAAGGGCUAGAGAGUGAAAAGUAAAUUUGUCAAAGCUCUCCGGAGCUGUCACUUCAGAAUGAAAAUGCUGCAUGUGCUUGUAUAAAUGUAUGUGUGUGUAAAGAGAUGAGGAACAGAGAAGAAGAUGACAAAGAGGAAAGCAGCUCCACACUGUAGGUGCAUACAUGUUUCUGGGUGAAACUUUGAACUGUGCAAAUAUUAGCAAAAAGGGGUCACACACCUUCUGUGUAAAUGCAACUCAGAUAGAAAUAUGGGCCUAUAAGAAAACAGUAUCAUGCUGGAGGUGAUGAUAUAAUUAGGUGGAACAGUGCAAAUGCGAAGAAUUUGCUUUCACGGUGUUGUGGAAAAGAGCAGCAUAAUAAAGCUCUCAUACACUUAGGUGAGCUCAAGCACAACAUAGGCUCUCUAAUAUCCACGUGCAAACACACACAAAGCACUCGAACACUCUAAAGUGUCUGUUAUUUCAGGGUUACUUUGUGAAUUUUUUUGUCGGAAAAUAGUGAAGAAUAACAAGAAGUGUGAUGAGAGAGCCGACAGCAUGUAACAAAGCUAAUUUCAUAUCUUACUGGAUGUGAUAGUCCUUCAUGAGACAAUCACAACACAAAAAAAUCUGCCCGUAUUGUGAAGAAAUGUCACUUGUUGCAAAAGUGCUGAGAACUUAAAUUGGUUACAUCAAGUGCCUCAUUUUUAGACAUCAAGAUUUUAUGCAAGAAUAUUUAAAGAGUCAAAGUCAGGUGGGAAAAGUGACAUUUGAUUUCAGAAAAAAACAAUUAUGAAGUCAAUUAAAUAACUUGUUAAGAGGGACGUUUUGGCAAUGCACACUGACUUCCUUGAACUAUCUUCUUCAAUGACCCACACAUGGAAAUUGGAGAACAGGGAUUCAUUAGACGUGUGAAGCUGCUGUCUGGUUUGUCUGUGUGUGUAUGUGUGUGUGUUUGAGUGAGUGUCUUAGCUGUGGUCCCCCCCCCGUCUUUUCCUCUGCUCGCUCUCUUGCACAUCUCUUUGGGAACAUCAAAGGUAUUAGCAUGGUAUUUUCAGGUAGGGAGCCUGCAGGGCUUUAGAGGUGUUUCUCUGGGAAUUUUGGAGAAUUGUGUUUAUCUCUGCUUUGCGGAGCCCCUUUGCAGUCAGACGCUCCUGAAAUGUCCCCUAACAGAGAGCAGCAGUGUGUUAAAAAGGCCUUCUGACAGCAACUCUGCUCUCUUCUCUGUCACGCCGCGUGACCGCUUGGUGUACGCCUCUGGCACUGUCCGGUCUACUGCAUCCAAUAAUGCACCCUACAUAGACAGAGUGAGACAGAGUGAGACAGACACACAUAUACACGUAAUACGCAUACACAUCUGGACACACAAGUUACAUAGACGCCUUCAUGUACAGGUACUCUGACAAAACUAGAAGAGACACAAACUCAGAGGAGCACACACAUCAGCUAACACUUCCCAGCAGCCGCAUGAGCACAGCAACAUACACACACGCACGCUUUGAAUUCUAUACACCGAAGUGCAUAGAAAUGUGUUAGUGUUUUGCUAGCUCUCACAAAAUGAGCUCUCCAAGUACACAUUGAUCCAUCUGUCCACUGUACCCCCGCCCCCCAAAAAAGAAGAAAAAAAGAUGGCUGUCUCUAGAUUACCCUGGAAAUAGGUAGAGGCUUGUGUGUUUCUGUUUCUGUGUGUGGAUCCACGUGGCUGAUAAAAACAUGUUUACCUGCUGGACGGCUCAACAUCGUGCCAAACCAUCCAAGCAGUCAACACAGCUUUGUGACGCCAAGAAAAACUCAUUUCUUUUAAUGAAAACGGAAACGGAGACAGAAUGAUGCAUACAGAGGGUGAGGAAAGAUGCAUGGCGAGAGACAAAAAGAUGGAGCAUCAGGAAGAAGACAAGAUUAAGAGAUGUAGGGAUGGACUAGUGAAGGCGCCAUGAUCAUGAUAAGCUGUUUCAGCCAGUCUUUUCUGCUCAUGAAUGUUUGUCUAUAAAAUAUCGUGAAGGUGUGUAUAAGAGAGGAGAGGGAGACAGAAUACAUAGUGUAGUUUGUUUGUGUGCACUGUUGUUCAGAGAAAAGUCCGACCCCCUCAGCUGUGUCACUCACUGCUUAGUAAUGCCAAACAGGAAAUCAAUGUUGCCUGCUGUGUGUGUUUGUGUGUCUCCAGACACCUCUGGUUGCCAGUGUUUCAUUCUUGGAAGACUGUUUGUGUGUGUGCGAGAGAGAGAGAGAGAGAGAGAGAGAGAGUGAUGUGUCUGCCCACAGGCCAAAGGCAAACCCAUGCCAGGGAAAGCAGGGCAGUGCCAUCCCUCUAUCCCUGUGCUGUAUUCACUAUCUCCAAAUCAAUGUCCCUGCUCAGUUUAGCAGUCAAGCCAAUCAGUCUUGCUAGCUUUGCUAUAACAAUACCACAACUGGGCUUAAAAGUCUCUGCACCAACUUGGAUCAAUUCUACUAUGGGCUCUUGAUUCACUUCAUUUUGCAAAAAGACUUGUGCUGCAUUACACAACAGGAAAAAAAGUUACCAAAGCGGCCAUGUUGUUCUAUAUUAUUUCUCUGAAUGGCACAGGACUGCAUUUCAGCACUUAGUACACAUGAUUUAUCUAUGGUAUGAUGCACAUCAAUUAAGAUACAUUACUUGACUUGUAACCAGGAAAUCCACUGAUAUUUAGACAAUAUAGUAGAGUUACUGCAAAGGCAGAAGUAUACCUGGUGUUACAAGCUUUUGGUUUUACUUUAAAGCUACUAUAUGCAAUAUUUUUACAUUAACAAUGGAUCAAAUGACUAUGCAUAUGUAAAAGGAGUCACUUGUGAAGACAAACUCAAAAGAUAAUUUUCACCUACACUCACAGUUCACCUAAGCUAAAACUAUGAGCUAAAGGUACUUCCUUUAAGUUCAUUGUUUUGUAUCUGAUGAAUGAGUAAAUACUGUAAGCUACUGUUUGCUAAUAUGUUUGAAUAUCAACUUCAUAAGGUGAUUAAUGUGUCUGUCUUUACAGGUUGGUUCAAAACCAUCAUUAGGAACAGUUGUUGUUUUUUAGCCACCGCUACCUGCUUCUAAUGAUGGUUUUAAAGUAAAAUCCAAAGCGUGAAACUGCAGGUAUGCUUUUGUUUAUUUUUGGAGCAACUCUACUGCGAUACUUGACUUGUGGUUUAGUUUAUUUAUUGUCCAAGCAGUAACAGACACGGUAUAGUCUACUGAUGUACUUAAACAGCAGUUUCAAGUCCAACACUCAAGAUUUACAGUUGUCAUUUUCAUCAUAACUGAAUGUCCACUAGACGUUUAAAGUGUUAGCAGAUAAGGCACAUACCAAAGUGUAGCUGUUCAUGUUUUCUUCACAUAAUAUGCAAGGUCACUUUAUUUAUCACUCGUAAUCUUCAGUAUCAGCUGCUCUCAGCUGUUCAGCACUGUCUCCAGAAUACUGUGCAAUAUUGUUUGAAGCAAAAAGAUGAGGGAACGCUACACUAUAUUUUUAUGCAAAUGAAUAAGGCAAACAGAAUUCUAAUCUGAGGCACUUUAAAUGACAUUAGUUGUUAAUGCUGAAUAAAUGUUAGACUGGAUUUAGAAGCUAUUUAGACUUCAUUUGGUUUUACAGUACCUGCUUUGAUUUCUCUUACUCUUUCUUCUUUCUCAGUUUGUCUUUUUUUGCAGAGCUAAUAGUGCAAUAGUGUUCUAGGGAGCGAUGUGAAACAGCAAUAAGGGUUGAACCAAAAAUAUGACAUGGAUGUUAUGGCUAAUUUUCCUUUGGAGCUCUAUCAUCUUUCACUAUCUAUCUAUAAUAUGUUGUUUCCAUCUUCCAUGUUAGACCAGUAAACUCCACUACCUUAAAUGUUGAACUGUAGAUCAGAGUCAAAAUGUUAAACAUCAGAGGAUGGUGCUCUGCCAUCAAUGAGAGGCCGCAGGUGAAAAUGCUAGUCCUACAGUGAGAGGUACUACUUUGAUAGUCGUGCUGUUCAUUGAUCUGGAUCAUAGACCCUCAACAACACUUUAACACACAAACAUAAAGCUGCUGAUAUCAGUACAAGAUGAAAGAGAGACCUCAUUCUCGGUUUGUUUUCCUGGUUUUCACUGUCUGCUGGUUGUAUUUCUGUUGAAAUAAAGUAUGAUUGUGAAAUAAA